AAUAGCCCCACAGCCUGUUCGGCCUCUCCCUGUAGCUCAAACCUUCCGACUCCGGCAGCGUCCUCUCCACAUCUGCGUUAUCGAUGCUCUUUCACAUCAUGUGUACCUCAGUUAGGUCGCCUCUCAUUCUUCCGAACGGUCUGCCUGAGGCAUAUCACUCAGUGGGCCCUAACUGUGACAGAUGCUUUCGACGGCUGCGGGUGGGGAAAAGAGGGAAGGUUUCCGUUUACCGGUUGACCAAUCCACUCUUUCCCCCUGCCGCCCGACCGACCUCUUCUCUCUGUUCCCUCCAGGUGAUGACAUACGGAAUUUCAUAUCGGAUCUCCCUCCGUCUCCUGAUGCCAGAGUCCCCCGUCAAUCAGAACCUAGGCAUGUUCAUGGUGCAGAUGACCUGCUACUCAAAGGAAGGGAGAGAGAUCUCCAGCGUUUCCAGAUCAGCGAUGUUACAUUAUAAAUCGUGGCUGCUGCAGACUCUGGACACACUGGUCUAUGCCCCGCUUUUCGUCACGGGCCUGGUGGAGCAGACUCAGGUGGUCGAAAUCGAGAUGUACUCUGACUAUCAAGAGGACUCGUACAUGCCAACGAUGGGAGCCGUGAUCGAGAUCCAGACCAAACGCAUUGAGAUCUACAAGGCACAGCUGCAGAUCCACGCACACUUCACAGGAAUAAGGUAUAUCUUGUACAGGUUCCCGGUGACGUCGGCCAUUAUCGGGGUGGCGACGAACUUCACGUUCCUGUGUGUCAUUGUGCUGAUCAGCUACCUGCAGUGGGUGUGGGGGGGCUUCUGGCCCCCGGACCACGCAGCGAGUCAACGACAAACAGAGCAGCCCAGGGAGGCAACCCCUGUACGUUCUGGGGCGCUACAGCACGAUCUGAUCAGGGCUCCUUCAUGACAGACAUUCGCACAAGAGCCAUGCCGAUGGAAGGUUCUGGAAGACAAGACCGUGGCUCCUUGAGAUCUGAACAGCAUGUGAGAGGAGUAUUGGACCCCAUUGGAAGAAUGGAGACCAGCUCAAUAAAGUCGGAACCGUCUGUAAGAGAAGUACAAAUGGAUACUUUUGGAAAGCAUGAUCGUAGCUCCUUGAAAUCUGAGCAGUCUGUAAAAGGCGUGUCGAUGAGUGGAAGACAUGAGCCCGCAAGGUCUGAGCAUUUCACAAAAGGUAUGGUUUCCCUGGAACUAAAUAUUGUCCCAAGACGAGUUUUGCUCCAGAGGUACUGCUUUCACCUCUCAAGAAGGGAGAGGGGACUCCAGUGCGCUGUAGUGUAAUGGGUUCAACCGAACUGCAUGGUCCAAUACCGCACGCAGGAAGUGCUGCAAUGUCACUUGAUUUUGCUCUCACAGUAAGAUGUGUUCCAAUAAAGUACAUGUUUUCCUUCCCUCAUCAGAUUUGGUAAACGUUCCGCAUUGAUUGUGGAGCAGUUAGCUGUAUUCAGCUCUUUUGUCCAUGUUUGAACCAAGGCUGUAAUGAGGUCAGGAGCUGAGUGGCC